AUGUCUCCGGAUGAAGGCCCAGAUCAGAAACGUCGCCGACUCGACGCAGCAAUCGAUGACUCCCUGGAGGACUACACUCCCUCAGAGCCAGCGGAACCUACUGAUGAAGUUGACACUUCGGGAAAUCCAUCGUUCCCAGCCGCUGCUCCUGCUGCCUCCACGGCUCCUGAACCUCCAGAACAUCCAGCAGUACCAGAACACCUUUUACCGGCUGUUCCUGAACACCUGGAUGAGACGUCCGAUCAGCCGGAACCUUCGAUUGAGCCUGAGCCUCCAAGUGUUCCUGCAACUCCGAUGAACCUUGACCCGGUGACGUCAGAGGCCUACAGGACUCCAGUUGCCCCUGAGACCUUCGAACAGCAACGACUUCGACUUGACAAGCAGGAAACCCUGUCCUUUGGUCCAAGACGACCAGGGCAUCAUGAGCAACCAAGCGAUCAGGCAGAUCUUCCAGUGCCCUUGGAGAAACUUGAUGAUGUCAGAGUCACCAUCUUUCGUGAGCCAGGACAAGAACCUUCGGCGACCACCGACCACUUCAAGACGGAGAACGUGUUCAAGAGACACUCCAAAGAAGCCGCCAAAGGUCUACCUCCAAAGUGGGUUGGAUGCACGAUCUUUCAGAUCAAUGCCGUGACUCGCAUGGAACUUGGAAUGACUGCAACCUUGUCCUCUAGCUCUCCCACAUCCGUGAAGCCCAUCCGAAAGGCCGCUCAGCACAUGAAGAACCAGCAGCUCCGACACAUCAAGAAAGAGAAAAGCAAGUCGGAAAUCAAAGAAAAGAACCUCACACAAGCAGAACAACAGCUGUUCUUUGAGGAAGAGUCGAGCCUUGAGGAUGAGAAUGCCUUGCAGGAUGAAGCCGCCGACACUGGACCUACAUCAUGGCCGAGUUCCAAGUCCUUGAGAACCCCAAUGGCAAUGAUGAUCUACUUCACCCAGAUCAAGGCUGUUACGGCAGAAUCCACAGAUGACUUCACGCAGUUGAAGCCAGACGGUCUUUGUUUGGCUGGCGAUGAGCCUGCUAAGGAAUGGUCCAUUUUGACCUAUUUGUUCCUCUUCAUCCUCUUCACCCCCCUCGUUGUGAGCUACCUAACCUACAAGCUAGGCAGAUUUCAUGAACACCGCCGACAGGUAAACGACCUAAAGAUCAAGUUGAGGGUGGCCCAAGCUCGAAAUAAACGACACUUCGACAGUGCGUUGGAUGACCAAUGCCUGUUCUUCGACCGCCGCAUCUCCCAGUUAAAAAACGAUUUGGUGAAGGCUGCUAAGGCCAAUGCGGAAACCCGCCGGCAUCACAACGAGAUGAUGGAACAAUGGCGCCUAGAACAACAAGAAGCCGAAGAAAUCGACCAUUCCUUUCGACAAUGUCAGGCUUUGCUGUCGCGCUGCUACCGGGAACUCCUAGACCAUUUUAAUAAAGAUUACCCUCUCACCACGGGCACCCAUGUGACGCCCUUCGGUCACACCUUCCACGUCCGAGCUGAUUGCCACCGCCUAAAGCAGGCUCACAGAGUUAAUCGACGUCCUUGUUGCGCUUUUUGCAACCCUACUCCUCAGACUCCUCACCGAGUCAAUGGCUUAAGCGACACCACCCUCCAGGAAGACAUAAUAUCCUGGAGGCGCGACUAUAGCAACCUGUCAUACGAGGAGUGGAUAAUCGACUGA